UGAAUAGCUUCAAGUACCGACUUAAUCCAUCCUCGGCAAUGACUGGCUGGACGGGACUGUUGUGGCCUCAGGCAUCCAGGCCACCAUCUCCCCAGUGACCUGGAUAGAUCGACUUUCAUCAUCACAACAUCUCCUGUUCACAAGACCAGCCAGUCAACCUCGGACACAAUCGCACAUGGACCCGGUGUGAUCUCACCCCGUGAUUGUUCAUAUUUCCUCUCCCCCCCAACGUAUACAUGGCUUCUUGUCUUUCGUCUUACCCCUAAUUCCCACUGCAUAAUCCCUUCCCCAACUCGCCACGGUCUCCGCAUCCUGACGUCUUCCCACUCGUUUCGACCACUUUCUUUUUCUACCACUCUGUGGUAGUUUCUUCUUUUUGUCGACAUUAAUCGAAAUUAUCACUUUCGAAUCGAUACCAUUUACCUUCAUACCGGAAAUAAUACCCACAGCGCUCGCCACCAUGGCUACCAAUGGCCAUUUCGCCUCGAUUGGCGCCGAAAGCGACCAAGGGGCAUAUGAGCAUGGAGUGCAGGUUAUUGGUGAAGACAAAGAGUUCAACCCGAACUUGUCGAAAUACCUGACAGUUGAGAGCGUCACCCCUGCUGGCUUCAACUACCAUCUUAUCUCCGUGUUCGGGUCGCAAUCGACGGGAAAGUCCACCCUUCUCAACCACCUGUUCGGCACCGAGUUCUCCGUCAUGUCUGAGCUAGAGAGAAGGCAGACCACUAAGGGCAUUUGGAUGUCGAAGAACAAGAAUACGGGCAACGAAAGCACUCGGAUGGCCGAUAAUAUCCUGGUCAUGGAUGUUGAAGGAACAGACGGCCGCGAGAGAGGCGAGGAUCAAGACUUUGAGCGCAAAAGCGCGCUGUUUGCGCUUGCGACAAGUGAGGUUCUCAUUGUAAACAUUUGGGAACACCAGGUGGGACUGUACCAAGGAGCAAAUAUGGGACUAUUGAAGACCGUCUUUGAGGUCAACUUGCAGUUGUUUUUGAAGGAUAAGAACACCACCCACCGGUCUCUCCUGUUCUUCGUCAUCCGUGAUUUCGUCGGGACAACACCACUCAAGAACUUGCAGAAGACGUUGAUGGAAGACAUUUCCGGCCUGUGGGACUCUAUUUCCAAGCCCGCCGGCCUUGAGACUGCGACUGUUCACGACUACUUCGACUUUCAAUUCUACGGACUUCCACACAAGAGCUACCAGCCAGAGCAAUUUGUGGCUGAGACCAAGAAGCUCAGCUUGCGGUUCCGGGAGGACCACAAGGACCCGACCAUGAAUGCAUUGAAGGGUGAGUUUUCGGAUGGUGGCGUAUUUCUUCCAGAAUACCAUCGACGAAUCCCUGCGGACGGAUUUUCGAGAUAUGCGGAAGGUAUCUGGGAUCAGAUUGUCAACAAUAAAGACCUGGAUCUCCCUACUCAGCAAGAAUUGCUUGCACAGUUCCGAUGCGACGAGAUCUUGAGGGAAGUGAUAGUGAGCUUCGACGAGGCAAUUAUUCCAUUCGAAGAGAAGCAGUCCCAGGCUGCCCGUCUUGGAGAGCCUGAGAUACUUGGAGGUUUGGGUGCUGCCAUGCGAUCUUCGCGGGCAAAAGCCGUCAAGGGUUUCGACGCCGAAGCGAGCCGGUACCACAAGGGUGUUUAUCAGCGAAAGCGGGCAGAGCUUGAGGGUAAAGUCGACACCCGUUUGAAAGCCCUUUUCCAGGGUCAGCUCAACGCAAUGCACAAAUCCGGCAUUCAUGAAUUUAGCGAGGCUGUCACUGCAGCUGUGAAAUCGGGCCAGAAGAAGGGUACAGGGUACGAUUUCGCAGAGAUCGUCAAGCAGGAGUCGAAGACUGCCCUCGAAAAGUAUGAAGAUGUUGCUCGGGAUACCGUGGUUGAAGGUACCAAGUGGAGCGAAUAUGAGCAGGAAUUGGCACUGUAUGAAAAAGAGCUCGCGGAAGUCAGCGGACGCCUAAGAAGAGAUGAAAUGAGACGUUUGGCCACCCGAGUUGAACGAUGGGUGCAAUCUCGCCUCGGCGAAUCGGUCGGGCUCGAGUUCAACGCCCUUGGAUCCGGACGAGCAGGGGGCGGUGCUCCCGAAUCAGGAGAAAAGCCCUCUGAGAAAAAAUUCUGGGAUCGGGUAUGGAAUGUAUUUGUUGAGACGGUCCUCGACGCGGAGAGAAAAUUCACAGACCGCGCCAGCAGCUUUGAUGCCAGUCUCGAAGAAGUCGAUGUUGGUCUUUGGAGACUCCGCAGGAAGUCAUGGGGCGUCCUGCGCGCCAAGAUCGAGGAGGAGAUGAUCGAGGGCAACCUGUUGCUCAAACUGCGUGAGAACUUCGAGGACAAGUUCCGCUACGAUGAUGCAGGUGUUCCCAGAAUUUGGCGGCCAACCGAUGACGUCGAAGGCAUCUACACCCGCGCUCGCGAGUCGACCCUGACCUUGAUUCCUCUUCUCUCGCGAUUCCGUCUGGAAGAGAACUCUGCUCCGCCACCGCUUGACCGUUGGAUUGGGCACACUCCUAGCUCCGCAACCCCGGCUGAUGAGGAAGAUCUUCCACCCAUUGGCGGGAUAGACGAAGAAGAGGGCAAGAGCCUGGAGGAGGAGAUGGCAAUCCUUAGUGACGGCAAACGACAGGAGCUCACUGUUCGUUUCAAGAAGGCUGCAGAUGGGGUUUAUGUCGAAGCGAAGCGCAGUGCAAUUGGCGGCAUGACGCAGGUUCCUCUGUAUUUCUAUGGUAUCCUCCUUGCGCUUGGAUGGAACGAAAUUAUUGCUGUGCUUCGGAAUCCUGCUUAUUUCCUCCUUCUCGCUGUCUGCGCCGUGGGCGCAUAUAUCACCUACCAGCUUAACCUGUGGGGACCCAUCAUUAAGAUGACAGAGGCAGCCUCGCAUCAAGCAGUGGAGGAGGGCAAGCGUCGACUACGCGAUUUCCUUGAGUCAUCCGACACGGGGAGACAGGCCAUUGCCAUGUCGACCUCUGGUGCUGGCUCGGGACGUGGCGAGCAGUACGAGAUGUCAAACCUGCAGAAGAACGGAACUGCAAAGGCAACGACAGAUGGAGAUGGAGAUGACUUGUGAGAUAACCCUUUGUCUUUUGUACACAUUAUCUCUUUUUCUUUGGCCGUAUAAUAUAGCGAGUGUACUCCGUAGUGUUCCAAUAUAUGACUAUCAAAAUGUUUGCACAGUUCUUGCUAGAUAGCUGUAUCCAGUUUUCAAAAGUACCAUCAGCUCAUGAGCCCACUAAUGUCUCCAGGAUUCCCGUUCCUGCAACUAGGCUAUCGAUGCAAAUACGAUACAGCGGGGUUUGUGAUGAUCGCAUAUCCAC